GUAUCCUCACAUGGUAAGGGUGAUCAGAUAUUGACCGUCUUGCGUGGGAUGUUAUUCUCCCCUCGUACCACCCCAUUCCCCUCCCUAACUACUGAUCUAAAUGCAACCUCGAGAUGGCCCGAAGCGACGAAGCAGAAUGGUGGUUUAACGCCGUGUACGCAGCUAUCCAGCAGAUCCCUCGUGGCAAAGUUACUUCUUAUGGGCAUAUUGCUCGUUUGCUCGGGGAGCCCCAACGAUCGCGCCAGGUUGGCGUGUGUUUGAAGCAUCUUCCAUCUGAGAAUAAUGAAGAGGACGGGCCACGCCAUUUCUAUCACGAUGGCAACGUUCCAUGGCAGAGAGUGAUUAAUGCAAAAGGGAUGAUCUCGCAUCGAGGACCCGGCUCAGCUGCGCGCCAAGCAGCCGCUCUCGAAGUUGAGGGGGUGACGGUUACGGCGGAUAGUAUGGGCGAGUUUUACGUUGAUUUCAGCGAGUUUGGAUGGUUCCCGGAUCACCUCCCAGGGGAAGAGACCAGCGACGAAGAGCAAGGCGGCAAUGAGAGCUGAGUGAAUCUGGAGCGCGGGAGAGCUUACUAUUCAAUGUGGUUGCCCCGAAGUGGGCAUGCGCAUUGAUGCAUCAAUUGACUUGCAAUAAUAGGGUUUAGUUAUAUAUGCUCGCUAGGUGGUUUACUGAGUCGACUUUUGUCGGCUUUCUGUCAGAGGACCCAUCCGAGGAGAGAAACCGUUG